AUGUCUACGACUCCUGCUACCUCCAGUGAUCUUUAUCUUGACACAAUAAAUCGACACAUGCUUGACUUUGAUUUUGAGAAAGUCUGUUCGGUGUCUUUGUCAAAUUUGAAUGUAUAUGCGUGUUUAGUGUGCGGCAAAUAUUUCCAAGGGCGCGGACGCCAAUCACACGCUUAUUUCCACAGUUUACACGAAGACCAUCACGUGUUUAUAAACUUGCACACUCUUAAAGUUUACGUUUUGCCAGAUGGGUACGAAGUUAUUGACUCUUCGUUGGAUGAUAUUAAGUAUGUACUGCAUCCAACCUUCACGAAAGAACAAGUAGCCCAACUGGAUCAGAACGUCAAGCAUUCAUAUGAUUUGAACAAUAAAAAAUACUUACCAGGAUUCGUCGGUCUAAAUAAUGUUAAGGCCAAUGAUUACGUUAAUAUUAUCAUUCAAUCAUUGGCUCACAUUCCACCAUUGCGAGAUUACUUUAUUUUGCAAAAUUUUGAAGAGCAUUCAGAACUAGUGCAACGAUUUAGCACAUUAGUUCGAAAAAUAUGGAACCCACGAGCCUUCAAAGGCCAAGUAAGUCCUCACGAGCUCUUACAAGAGAUUUCGAACGCAAGUAAUAAACGAUUCAAACUAUCGGAACAAAGUGAUCCACUGGAGUUUCUGUCGUGGUUUCUGAAUGCUCUUCAUAAAGAUUUGGGCGGGACGCGUAAACCUGGUAGCAGUAUCAUUUAUCAAAUAUUCCAAGGAGAGCUCAAAUUGGAACAGCAAUCUGUUAUUGUCAAAGAUAACACUGAUGAGCAGGAUAGAUUAUUAUUUGAUGUUGAUAGAGAAAUUACUACAAAGACUUCGCCAUUCCUUUAUUUGACAUUGGAUUUGCCACCACCUCCGCUAUUUCAAGAUGAAAUAGAAAAGAAUAUUAUUCCACAGGUUUCAUUAACUACUAUUUUGACAAAAUAUGAUGGACGCACGUCUCAGGAAUCCGGCGGUGUGUUAAGGAGAUAUCAUCUUUUAAAGUUACCCCAGUAUCUUAUUUUCCACAUAAAGCGAUUCACGAAAAAUAAUUGGGCUGCGGAGAAAAACCCUACGAUCGUGAAUUUUCCUAUAAAAAAUAUCGAUAUGCGUGAUUAUCUAGAAGACCCCGACGCAGAAAAUGUCAGUACUCACUAUGAUCUAAUAGCUAAUAUCUGUCAUGAAGGCAAACCCGGAAAAGGAAACGGGAUCUACAAGGUUCAUGUUCAGCAUCGUGGUAAAGACCAGUGGUAUCAAAUACAAGACUUGAUAGUUGAAGAAAUCAACGCACAGAUGAUUUUCUUGUCGGAAAGCUAUAUUCAG